GCUUCAUCUCUUCAGCUCUCAUAUUGAUGAAGCUUGCAAUGGCCUCUCUGUCCUACUUCUUCAUUGUUGUUACACUCUUCAUCAUCCCUUUUUUUGGUUGUUGUGCUAAUGCACAACUCUCUCCCAACUUCUAUGCAAGAACUUGCCCAAGUCUUCCGACCAUCGUUCGCAAUGCUAUGAGUCAGGCUGUUGCCAGGGAGGCUCGGAUGGCUGCCUCGAUCCUUCGCUUAUUCUUCCACGACUGCUUUGUAAAUGGUUGCGACGCUUCCAUACUAUUGGAUGACACGGCCACCUUCACCGGUGAAAAGAAUGCAUUCCCAAACCAGAACUCAGCCAGGGGAUUUGAAGUCAUUGACACCAUCAAAACCCGAGUGGAAGCUGCUUGUAAUGCUACUGUAUCUUGUGCAGAUAUUUUAGCACUCGCAUCCCGGGAUGGAGUUGUCUUGCUUGGUGGAACCUCAUGGACGGUAGCCUUAGGCCGAAGAGAUGCAAGAACAGCAAGCCAAAGCGAUGCCAACAACCAACUCCCCUCCCCCUUCGCCAACCUCGCAACCCUAAUCUCGAGUUUCGCAGCGAAAGGCUUAACCGCCAGCGAUCUGACCGUGCUCUCUGGUGGCCACACAAUAGGCCAGUCUCAGUGUUUUCUCUUCAAAACCCGCAUAUACAACGAGACCAACAUUGACCCCAGCUUUGCCACCACUCGUAAGGCUACAUGUCCAGCUUCCGGUGGCGAUACGAAUCUUGCUCCCUUCGAUAUAACCCCGACUCGUUUCGAUAAUAACUACUACAAGGCCCUCGUGGCUCGUCGUGGUCUUCUUCAUUCCGAUCAGGAGCUCUUCAACAGCGGGAGUCAGGAUGCCUUGGUUAGAACGUAUAGUAACAACGCCGCCGCGUUUUCGAGAGAUUUUGCUGCAGCCAUGGCGAAGAUGAGCGCUAUUAGUCCUCUAACUGGGACAAAUGGAGAGAUCAGGAAGAACUGCAGACUAGUGAACUAAUUUUAUAAGGAAUUUAGUUUUGUGCAACUGAUAAAUAUUGGGUGACAUAUAAGUUUCCUUUAUAGACUGCUAAUUCAAAUUAAAGUGCACCAAAUCUGUGUGUAAAAAUUUUCAUUCCCAUUGGAGAAGUAUUGGCUAUGAAAUUUGAAAAAUAUCAAACGGCAAUAACCAAUAAUUUGACUAACUUUAUGUUGUUCAAGUCCUUAAUCUACCGAAAUAAAAUUUAGGGGAUGAGUUGACACUUCAGUGAUAGUUUAGUGAGUGUCUUCUAGAAGGGAGGGGUCCUAGUGAGUGUCUUUAAGAGCUCGAGAGUGUGGAAGUGUGCAUAUUGGACAUUCAACGCGAAUAUCCAAAUUACAUAAAUAAGUAAAAUUACUUUAUUUUUCAACAGGUCACAAACGAGGUUUAGGGAUUAACAUGAAAAAUAACUCGAUCUUAAAGGUCACCAAUAGGUCUACAAGU